ACCGAGCCCUCACGGCAUUUACAAUGAAAAGACCCCUGGCAGACUCUACUCGACUUAUCUUCGUUUCAGCUUGAUGUCGACCCAAAACAACCCAAGAUGCUCAGCAUAAAAGCCCAGCGUUCUCUGAGCUUUCCCUCAUCAAUUCCUCGUCUCAUUGUCGAAUCAUCCCACUAGCGACCUACAUCUUAUACAAUGCCUUUUUCCACCGAUGGAGUGUAUACUAUCAGAAAUAUUGGCAGAGCCCUCAUGCUCGAUCUGAAGGGCGACAGCACCGCUGAAGGCAACCAGAUCCAAGGCUACGCCGACAACGGGACCGAGGCUCAAAAGUGGGUGAUCAAGAAACAAGAGGAGCCAAGAAACUCCGAGAACACUUUCACCAUUCAGACCAGCAACACGGGCAACAAUGGUAAUGGAUUCUUUGCUGCUGCGAAGCAGGAUGCGGAUGAACCGGUCGUUUAUACUAGGCAGGCGUUUCUGGUCGAUCUUGUUCCAGGCGUGAACGAUAUCUAUAGUAUCAAGUUCACUCUCGGAUCCAAGAACCUGGUGCUAUCCAUUCCAAGCGACGAGGACAGUGCAGUGAGACUCGCGAAUUUCAACGCAGCGGAUGCCUACCAGCAGUGGGCACUCAUCCGUGUUGGUGAUCUCCAAUCAGUUGGCAACUAGGCACCACCUU